AUGGCUGAUUCCGAAGCUGGGGCUGGAAAAUGUAAGCUAAUAAGCCCAGACAUCUCGCUGGGACCACUGAAAAGCCCAAGGAAUGGAGUCAAGACUGAGAACAACAAUCCUAUUAACUUCAAGGUGACAAGGCAGGAUAGUUCUGUAGCGCAGUUUAAAAGGCACACACCACCACUCAGUAAACUCGUGAAAGCCCAUUGUCAACGACAGGGUUUGCCUAUGCAGAUCAGGUUCCGAUCUGAUAGGCAGCCAAUCUAUGAGAGAGACACACCUGCACAGUUGGAAAUGGAGGAUGAAGAUACAACUGAUGUAUUCCAGCAGCAGACAGGUGUCUACUAAGAAGGGAAUGUGCUACUUUACUCUAAAACUCUGUUCCUGGGCACCUAGAUGGCUCAGAUG